AUGUCUGGUCAAAAUUACGUACAGCGGCAGGAGACCUUCAAUGAUAUAUUCGGUGGUAGCAGGUUCGAGUCUUCUCCUUCCCGUGAACAGAAUCCUCGCUUGCCAAAUAAUGGCCGGUAUCACGAUCAAAAUAAGUUGGAUCUGUACAACCCAGGGGUUCAAUAUGAGAAUGUUCCUGUACAGCUUUUGCAAACGAAUCUUCCCGCUGACCAGAGACAAGGAUAUAGUCUUGAUCCAAAUAUAAAAAGCAAAAGGUCAUUCCCAGAAUUAGGCGGCCCCCAUAUGAGAUCUCAAGAACAACAGCACAUUUUUAGUAAUCAAAUGCCAACAUAUGCCAGCAAUGACAGACAAGUUUAUCCAAAUCAACAAGUUUCGCAGGCCCCACAAGCGCAAGUGCCUAGCUUGCCACCAUCUUUUGCUGGAAAUUUUCCUGUGGCUGGUAGUUCUUAUAAUGAAUUGCCUUACUCUCCUCAACAGCAAUCUCUGCAAUUAGGACCUCCUGGUCGACAAUAUCAACAGCAGACACUGCAACAGCAGCUGCUGCAACCAGAAUCAACACAACGGCAAUCCCUUGAAAGCGAUGAUGUGGUUGCGCCCCUCAAUUUUGGUCGCCGUGCAGUCAGUAGUGGCUAUCCCAUCAGCAACAAUAAUGGCAGAUCAAUGUCUCAGGGUAGUAUAAAUUAUCAGGAGCAACCUAGAACAAAAUCUUUAACCAAUGGUGUUUAUUCAAGCUUCAGAAGCCAAAAUGAUGGGUCCAUGAGUAGCAGAAACUUAAAUGGGAGAAUUAUACCACAGAAGCUAGACUUGUGGAAUAAUGGGAGUCAAAACAAUAUCUUCAAUACCAGUGGUAAUAUUAAUGGCCAAUCAACAGAUCAAUUUGGUAGUCAAACAAAUUUAAAUUCAAAAUCAAAAAGUAUCAAUGCAUUGAUGAGACCUUCGAGAUCGGCAUCAUCAAUGUCGUCUAGAACCCCAUCUCGAUCUCAAACUUCUGUGUCUAGCAGCAAGGCCUUUUUCGGGCCAAAAAGAGCUUAUAUAUAUCCUGCAAUGUUGUCCAAGGUCGCCAAAGAAUUUAGAGAACUCCUUACCUUGGGUGAACGGGAUAAAAAUGGCUUGACCUAUAGGGAUGCGUUCACUGGACAAGAAGCGAUCAAUGUCAUUUGUUUAAUUAUUAGAAAUAAUGAUCGUGGCUUGGCCCUUCUUUUAGGACGUGCUCUUGAUGCUCAGAAAUUUUUUCAUGACGUCACGUAUGAACACAGGCUAAGAGAUUCAAAACAAGAAGUGUAUCAAUUUAACGAAAUUUUGGAAGGCUUGCAAAGCUCAUCAAGACAAGACUCUUUUAGCUCAGCUUCACAAGCUACUCUUGUUGGUCAUAAUGGGUUAGAUUACGAAGAAUCAGUUGAAAUCCCUCAAGCGAAAAGCUCAGUUACUCAAGCGCCGGUUGAGGUUAAUGGGGUUUUCACAUUAUUGACAGAGUGUUACUCACCGACUUGUACUAGAGAAAAUUUGUGUUAUUCCAUUGCAUGUCCAAGGAGAUUUGAACAGCAGGCUAGAUUGAAUAUGAAACCUCAAGGUGGACUCAAGAGGAUUGAAAGUAAAAGCUCUGUGCAUGGUGAUGAAUCUUCAAAACUUUUGUGGUCAUACAGUGUUCCAAAAGAGAUCUUGGAAAGUGUUGAGGACAGAGAGAAAAAGAGACAGGAAGUUAUCUUUGAAACAAUUUAUACUGAAAGGGAUUUUGUCAAGGAUUUAGAAUAUAUUAAAGAUUUCUGGAUCAUCCCACUUAAAACCAAGAAUAUUAUUCCUGAAAGAGAACGUGAAUCGUUCAUUCGGAAAGUUUUUGGUGGUAUCAAUGAAAUUCUUAUGAUCAACAACAAAAUGGCCGAGGAAUUAACAGCAAGACAAAAGCAACAGCCAGUGGUAUCUCAAAUCGGUGAUAUUUUUAUAAACUUCAUCCCAAGAUUCCAUCCAUUUGUUAAGUAUGCCGCUAAUAGGAUUUUCGGGAAGUAUGAAUUCGAAAGACAAAAACAAACCAAUCCAGCGUUUUCCAAGUUCGUUGCAGAGACUGAAAGAUUGAAGGAAUCAAGAAGAUUGGAUUUGUCGUCCUUUUUGUCCAAGCCAACUUCAAGACCGGCAAGAUAUCCAUUAUUGUUGGGACAAGUUUUGAAAAGAACCAAAGACGAUAAUCCAGAUAAAAAGAAUAUUAAAAAGGCUAUUGAAAUGUUGGAGAAAUUGUUGGCAAAGAUUAAUAAGGAAACAGGUUAUGCUAGUGAUAAAUAUCAAUUGGCAAUCUUGAAACAACAGUUGGUUUUCAAACCUGGUGAGUUUGUGGAUUUGAAGUUGACUGAUGAGCAAAGAAGAAUAUUGUAUAAUGGAAACUUAUCCAGGCGUAACAAUGACGACAUUCAAGUUUAUUUGUUGGACAAUACUUUGUUGUUUGUUAAAAUAAAGCAAGUCAACAAGAGGGAGCAGCACAAAGUGUUCCAAAGACCAAUCCCAGUCCAAUUGCUUUAUGUCAGCAUGACUGAAGAACCAAUGAAUCUUAGAGAAAUUGUUGCCAAAGAAACUACUUCUCAUUCUUUUGCCUUGACGCGUACCAAUACUAAUGCUAGUUUGCUUUUUGGAAAUAGUAGCACUUUUAUUGCUGAGAGUACGGCAGGCAGCUCCACGGCUGUUAACAAUGCCAACUCUGGCACUUCAUUGCCUUUAACCGACUCUAAGAACAACUCUAGUGCCAGUAUUAUUGGUGGAAGAUCCAACACUUUGAAGAUUGACUUAUCUUCCAAUAACUCCACUUUGAAAUAUCCACUUUCAUUUGUGUAUAUCGGAAGAAGAGGUUAUGAUAUGACUUUAUACUCGCAGAAUUUCCAAACACAAAGAGCAUUGUAUGAAGCGGUGGAACAACAGCAAACUAAAUUAAAGAAGUUGAAUGAUAUUUUCACAUUAAACCCAUUGACUGAAAGAUUUUUCAAUCAUCAAACUAACAGAAUUAAUUGUGCUAUUCCAUUUUAUGGUGGAAGAAGAUUGGUUUGUGGUACUGAUUCGGGGAUUUAUGUUUCGACCAUUAGAAUGUGUGUUUCUGAUAACGGACAAUCCAGAGUGGUUUCCAAUCCAAUCAAUGUGAUUGAUAAACCAAACGUUACCCAAAUUGAGGUGUUGGAUGACUACCAAACUUUGAUUGCAAUUUGUGAUAAAAAGUUAUAUUGUUGGCCAUUGGAUGUUUUGGAAUCUUUUAAUGCCAAAGAAAACUCUAAAAAGGGUAAAGAAUUGUUAACACAUGUCUCAUUUUUCAGGGUCGGGGUCAUAAAUGGGAAAAGACUAGUGUGCGCUGCUAAAAACGGCUCUUCUCACUCCAUCAAAAUUUUUGAGCCAAUUGACCCAAGAAAAAAGAUUGCCAAGAAGAAGUUUAAGAGCGAGUCGAAGGAAAUGCCAUUUAAUUCUGAAAUUGUUUCUAUUUCAUUUUUGAAGUCCAAGUUGUGUAUUGUCGGUUGUACCAGAGGUUUCCAAGUUGUAUCAAUUGAGCAAGGCUCAAUGGAACAAUUAUUGGAUCCUGCAGACACUUCGUUGGAUUUUGUCACGAGAAGAGAAGGAUUGAAACCAAUUGCGAUUUACAAGUUGAAUUCCGAUUAUUUGUUGUCGUAUUCCGAAUUUUCUUUCUUUGUUGAUGUCAAUGGUUGGAGAUCUCGCCCUACCUGGAUUAUUCAUUGGGAAGGUUUGCCACAAUCAUUUGCUCUUUGGUAUCCUUAUUUGUUAUCUUUCGACAACAACUUUAUUGAAAUUAGAGAUUGCAACACCAGUGAAUUGUUGAGAAUUAUUACUGGAGAAGGUAUUAGGUUAUUACAUGCUAGUUCUCAGGAGAUUUUAUAUGCCUACGUUGAUAGUAAUGGAUACGAUGUGGUUGCCUCAUUAGAUUUCUGGGAAAAGGCAAAUAAGAAUUCUUAUCCAGCUGCAACAAUUUCGGAAUUUUAA